UUAACUACUUAAGGCCCAAACGGGCAGAAAAGUGGCAGAAAAAGUCAUAAAACCAAACACAGCCUUGGAAGAAGAAGAAGAACCCUCCUCUCCCAAACCAGAAAACCCUAGCACGCCAUUUCUCUCAUUUAGCCGUUGCUUCUUCCCCUUCUCGCCGUUCAUCAUCCCGUCGCCGGCGAAGCUGUGUUGUCAGCACGCCGUCCCGCUCGCGAGAGAAGAAGCUCGUGAACCAGCUGGUCCUCCUCGCGAGCUGUUCGCUGCCGCGUGGGAGGUUCAUCACCAGAGACGGUCAGAGACAAUUUUUUUCACAGCCUUUUCUUUUGAGGUUCCUCUGGGUUUUAGUGAUAUGUGCUGCCAAUGCUCCUCCAUAGGUCCCCUUUCAGAUUAUGAUAUCUUCCAUGUUUGCCUCUGUGCAAUUAUUAAUGCUACAAGUUGAAAAAUAGUCUGCUGAAGCUGAGUCUAUAUACAUAGGGCUCUAGAUGGAUACAUCUGAGCAAGGGAACGGGGAUUAUGCUCCAAUCAGGGAUUCAGAAGAUCCACAAUUGGGAAAAUUUGACAAGCCACUUCCAUGUUUUGGCUGUGGAAUUGGAUGGUUCUCUCUUCUGUUAGGAUUUGCAUGCCCAUUGCUGUGGUAUUAUGCUACAAUUCUCUAUUUUGGAAAUUACUAUCAUAAAGACCCAAGAGAGCGUGCUGGACUUGCUGCUUCUGCAAUUGCUGCUCUAGUUUUUACAAUUGCUGUGCUGAUAGCAGUACUGGUUAUCUUCCUGUAAUUAUGGUUUCAGCUAACCUCUAUUUAUUCAAUCAAUGAAGAAAAAAAAAAAGAUUUGUAUAGAGCAUCAGUCUCCACACAAACACAAGGCAAGGCUAAAUGCAAGGUGAAUCAAGGGUGAACCACACAUGCAUAUAUAUGGUUGCUUCCGUGACCUUGUUAAAUUUGUGCAAACCAAAUGCGUUUGUGAUUUUUCGGUUUUGGAAGGGGAGUGAAAGGCGAACAGUAACCAUGAAUAAUUUUUAUUUUUCAAAUCUUAUCUCCACUCCCUUUUCUUCAAAAACCUGAGCUCGCAAACUCAUCCGAAUAUAUUUCGACUAAGAUAUCUUUAGAUGGUUCACCCACAUUUUAGUAAGUUAAUGUAUUAUAUGUAUGUCCUUGAAUUGGGAAUCAGAGGCUAUAAAGUGUCUCAACGUGUAAAGUUAAUAUUGAUGCAUUAUGCGCAUGUAAUCCCUAAAUGGAUUUAGCUAAUAUGUGCUGUUACGGCACAUGAUAAAGUUAUUAAAGAAGUUUUUAUAAAGGUGAAUUUAGGAAGAUUCUUUCUACACUUUAUGUUUUUGUUGUCACGAGUAGUGUGUAGAGAGAAGAAUUGAGGACAAUGUUUGAUAAUGUUCAGGUAAGUUUUUGUGUUUUGUCCCCCUGAAGCACGCGAAGGGGUUAUUAUUUUUUUUUUUUGGAUAUUAUACGGGGCUGACACUCAAGAAAAGAGUAGCUCUUUUUUCAUCAUCUCUGAGAAUACUUAGAAUCUUAGGAGGAGGUAAGUCCCAAAAAACAGUCAGUUUCUGAAUUCAUAUUCAAUCUAGCCAGGUAAUCAGGGGUUAUUAAGUAUGGCAAAUGUGAUUAUGAUGAUG